AUGGCAUUUCCAUUUUCUACAAACCCUUUCGAUUCCCCCGAGGAAGACUUUCCGGAUCCUUUGAAUUCGCAGGAUUCAGAUGAAAGCGAGAGUAGAUUCUUUGAUUGUCAAGGGAGUGACAACGUCUUCGACUUUGUUUCGACGAACAGUGAAGCAUCAAACAAGCCAAUUGGGAGAGCUGCCAACAUCAAUUUUGACAAGCCAUUUGAUGAUGGAGAAACCCCUGCUUUGAGUUUCAACCGGAACGUUGCAUCCUCGGCCGAAUUCUUCUCUCCUCUAGAGAGUGCAAUGAUGAGGUUGGGAAAUCCAGCAACUGGGGAUAUGAUGACCAGCUUCGACUCGGAGGGCGAACUACUGUCGCAAGAGCAUACACCCCUUUUGGAUGACAGGAGCCGGACAUCAAAUUGCAGCGAUAUUACUGUCUCGACCGUUGGCGACGAUCGAAAGCGUGACGUCCCUUCGGAAGUUACUUCAGAUGGCAGAAGAAGGUCCGGAAAAGGAAAGCGGAGGUCUUCACAGUCUCUGGCAAUCCAAGCACAACCAGAUCGUAUAAUGAAAGACCUAGCUGAAGGAGACAACGAGUUCAGCAUGGACUACAAGUACAUUUUGCUCGAGGAAAUGGGGACGAGAUCUUCUUGGUUCAUCCUUCUUCUUCCAUACAUUGCCUUCUGCAUUUGCCUGCUUCUGGAGUCAUCGUUUCUGUUUCAUUCUAGAUUCACACAAAUGAUUGAUGCAUCCGAUAUAUGUAGUGGAUACCCUGCAACUCCGCCUGAAACGCCAUGUCAUUUUCUCUUUCACAAAGGCGAGGAAACAACAAGAAGCUUUAUGGAAAACAAUAUUACCGAGGGUGUGGGAUUUGAAUCAGGGAUAAUUGCUACCAUUCCUGUGAUUGCAACGUAUCUGUACGCCGAUGCACUAUAUGAGGGUCUAUCAACGGAGGCAGUCUCACUUGUUGCACACGGACAGCUGGAAGCCUCUGUUGAACUAUAUCAAGAGAUGCCUCUUUCUUCAGACAACGGGAAACAUCACUGGGCUCUCUUGUCUGUCUCAGAGAAGAAAUCAGUUUCUAUGGUAUGCGAGCGAGCCACAGAUAAUAGAUGGGAUUGCAGAACUCCAAGACUGGCGAAUGUAGUCUUUUCAAUGCCAGAUACUGCGGUUUUUGGUGGUGGGAACGUUCGCUUGAAAAUUCUAUAUUCAGCAAAAACUGAAAACGAGCUACUAGAGACCACGGGCGACAAGACAGCUGAUCCGUUGUACGUGUAUACAAAUGACAAAUCUGCCUUUCGAUCAGUGUCAAAGAUUGGCAUAGACAAGCUGCAUCUCAUCGAAGAGAUAGCAGCCUCAUCCGGAUACAGUAUAGAGCACGUGAGUGAUCUAGCGGUGAACGUUGACACAGGAGUUCGCCUCAUCACGUUUGCGGUAACUCUGGCUUUCUUCUUAUAUUGGCUAUACAACAUGGGAGUUAAAAGUCUGUUUGGGGGGAUCCGAGAAAACUUUCACUUCUGCUUCCCAUCAUCCAAGACUUCUACAGAAUGGUGGGAGUCGCAUUGGAUUUUGUUCCCCGAGCGAUACUACAUUAUUUUGUUACUUGUCUCUCUUCUGCUUGUACAGGAGCCUCUGUUGGCCGCCAUGGUUCUUUCUCCUACAUUAGGUGCAAGUGCCAAGCUUCAUAUUGCAGCUGAUGCAACUAUUGGAAUCGGAGUGCAUGGUGUCCUCUUCGUUUAUCUAUGUCUUUUUCACGGCUUUCGAUAUCACACUGCUGCUGUCUCGAAGAAACGCUCCGAUCAUCAGAGACAGAUACUUCAACUUCGUCGCGCAGCGAAGUACAUCGAAAGUGUAGAGAAUAAUCCGAGAUCGCCGUCUGAAGGAGCCAUGACAAAAUAUGCUGAUGAUUUCUACGAUGUCUACGGCGACAUUGAUGGCAGUGUCUCAAAUAACCAUCGGCUUCAGAACGACCCUUUUGGCGAUGGAUGGGCUGAUUUCUUGCUGCUGAAGCUUGGAUUGUUCAUUGUGGGCGCAGCUUCAGUUUUGGCGACAGCAUACUGCAGAUUUCCGCCAGAGUCAGAUGGUUCGUUUUCACUUGACCUUGAAAGCAUCAACGCAUAUCGAAAGCUUUUUUUAGUGAGCUCUUGUUUGAACUUUGUGGUGCUCUUGAUAUGGAUAUACAGCUUGAUCAUCACAGUCAUUGAAACCGGGCGACAUCUGAGAGCUGAAAGAUUUCUGGCAACUCGUCCAGUUCAGCUGGCUAUGCGAAUCAUCUUAGCCCAUUUGACUCUUGGAUUCAUGGUUCUUGUCGUGACAUUUUAUUUGAACGUACAUAGACUUGCAACAAAGUGGGUGCUGACAGGCCUUGGAUCUGUCGAUCAAGGAGAGGAUCUAUCGGGGCUGGAAAUUGCAAUACGAGUUGUUGGCGAUAUUUCAUUGACCUUUCCUUACUCUGGCACAGCAGCAAGCGUGGGUGGAGGCCGGGUACUUUUCGCGACUGUUUCAAUUUUGAUUACUGCAUUCAUUUUUCUUCCAGCGCGCACUCUGCAACAAGAUUUCAUCGACAUCCAAGACGAAGAGAAGGACAAACGAUAUGAGCAGUGGAGACUGAAACGAGACAAACGCCUCGUUAUUAAUCUCGCAAAGGAGGCAAAAUCUUGGCGCGUGUUCCCGUUGCCGAUUGACCAAAGUAUUCAAACUACUGUUUUCGAAGAUCGUGUUUACCAGCUGUACAAGAAUCUGCACAUUGAUAGCAACGCAAAGGACAGGGGCAUUGUAUCGUUGGGCCCAUACACUCCUAUAUUCUGUUUGGAACUGGCAUGUUGGUUGAACGAGGCAUCCUGGCAGGCUUACUUUUCCCCAAAAGGAAUUUCCAGCAAGUACUUUGAUGAAGCACCAGGGAUAAUGAACCUCGAAACUGUUGGCCUCCGCAUGGAAGGAGUUGUGUAUGACGAAACUACGGACACACAGGUAUUCGUCGCAACAAAUACAGCUUCACGGGUCGAUGGAGAGGAGGACAGUGUCAUUGUGGUUUCAUUCCGAGGAACAGCAAGCAAAUCAAAUCUUCAGACUGACUUGAGAUCAAAGCAGGUACCCCUAUUCGAACAAUUGGCUGGGGUUGGAUCUUCUUCAUUUAGAAUUCAUCCCGAUCGCUGUGAAAUAUUCGACGAAGACGGGUGGAUCUGGAACACACCCCAAUUACAUGGCAAAAAUGUGCAGUGUGUGACUGCAUGGUCUUCUCCGCUAUGCAUGCCUUCGCAUUGCUCAAAAACGAACAAUCACCGUCUAGUGAAUCCAGUAUCACGGGGUGCAAAAGCUCUACUUCAGUUGGCACCUGUUGCCCGUGAUUCGUUCCCCCUCAUCCACGAAGGAUUCCAAGAGGUGUAUACGCAUAUUCGAAGGAAAUUGCUCAAUAUUCUCUUUCCAGUUCUGCAGAGGCAAUUGGCAAAGUCAUUGAAAGCAUCCAAGAAAGACUCUUCCGAACCGCUCGCCCUGCCAAAAUUGUACCUGACUGGUCAUAGCUUAGGUGGCUCGCUUGCACAGCUGUUGGCACUGGAUCUGGCCAACAACUGUGAGAUUGUCUUGCCCGUUACGACUGACGAAUCGAUGGAUUUUCGAGAUGCAACACCCGAGAAUGAGCUCUUUCACUUGCCAGAUUCUUAUCAAAACCCGAAAACAGGAACCUCUGGGGGCAAGAAAGAGGUGCGAUUACAGCCUCCAGUGGCCGUUUACUCUUUUGGACAGCCCCGCGUUGGGAACAAACAAUUCUCUCGAUUUUACAAGCAACGUGUUCCACAUACUUUCCGAGUGGUGAAUGAAGGCGACCCCAUCACAUCUAUGCCUAACAGAUACUUUUGCGGCGGUGUUUACAAACAUUCUGGAUUGGAAGUUCUGUUGGACGAAGGAAUGACUGGAAACAUCUUGGUAGGACCAACGGUGGUCGAGACUAUGUUUCGUUUCUCUCCAGUGCGUACCAACAUGCUUGCUCAUACAAUGACACAAUACCGUAAUUGCUUGGAGUGUGCUUUCGAAGAACACGAACUGCUCGAAUACUAUCAAAGUCAGAACGUCGCAGGCGAAGAGGGAAAAGGAGGAGCACAACGUCAAUCAGCGGUUUCAAAGGCCAAGAUUCCCGAUUGGAUGACUCAAGUAGGGCAAAAACGAAUAUGA